GGCGGAAACGCGGCGCGGUGACAGCUGGGUAAAUUCACUCACAUACAGGAAGAAAAAGACGAAGCCCAGUCUGUCCUGCAAGCCUGCAGCAACACUCCCACGGCGAAGUUGACUGCGAUAUUCAACACCAAAUCACUGCUUAACCAGUAUAGCAGAUAUGGCUGAGUUGGCGAGUCUGGUGCAGCGGCUGGAGGUGGCAGUGAACCGCCUGGAGUCCAUGUCCGGCCCAGGAGGCAGCGCUGGAGAUUCAGCUGGUGGAGCCGUAUCAGCGUACGUUGAGGCCUUUGACGUGAUCGUCAGCGGACCCGUGGCCCAGUACCUGUCCCUCAGCCAGAAGAUCGGGGGUGACGUCCAGAAACACGCAGAAAUGAUGAAGCAGGCGAUCACCAGUCAGAGACAGCUCCUCAUAAAGGCCUCCUCCUGCCAGAAGCCCUCUGAUGCAGUUUUGACGUCCCUCUUGCAGCCAGUGUCCAAAGCGAUCCAGCAGGUGCAGGCGUUUCGCGAGCAGAACCGCAGCUCGCCGCUUUUCAACCACCUGUCUGCCGUGAGCGAGAGCGUGCCCGCCCUCGGAUGGGUCGCCAUGGCUCCUAAGCCGUGUCCCUACGUGAAAGAGAUGCAGGACGCCGCCAUGUUCUACACCAACCGUGUGCUCAAGGAUUACAAGGAAAAGGACAAGACACAUGUGGACUGGGUGAAGGCCUACGUCUCCAUCUGGACUGAGCUGCAAAACUACAUCAAACAGCACCACACCACCGGACUGACCUGGAGCAAGAGUGGUCCCAUAGCUUCAGCCUCCGCGGCUCCCCCAAGUGCUCCUGCUGGUGGAUGUCCUCCCCCACCUCCCCCCGGUCCUCCUCCUCCUCCCAUGGACAUCGGCGGACCCUCUGGCGGCGGCGGCGAUGCAGGUGCUGACGACCGUAACGCUUUGUUCGCCUCCAUCAACAAGGGAGCCGACAUCACCAAGGGCCUAAAGCAUGUCAGUGAUGACCAGAAGACCCACAAGAAUCCCACACUGAGGGGUCAGGCUGCUCCGGUACGCACCGGACCAAAACCUUUCUGUUCCCCGACUCCCCGACCUGCCGCGACUGCCGCCCCGAGCCGCACGCAGCCCCCCGUGUUGGAGCUGGAAGGGAAGAAGUGGAAAGUGGAGAACCAGGAGGGAGUGCAGGACCUGGUGAUCAGCGACACUGAGCUGAAACAAGUGGUUUAUGCUUUCAAGUGUAACAAGAGCACCCUGCAGGUCAAGGGCAAAAUCAACUCCAUCACUCUAGACAACUGUAAGAAAAUGGGCCUGGUGUUUGAUGAUGUCGUGGGCAUCAUAGAGAUCAUCAACUGCAGGGAUGUCCGGAUCCAGGUCAUGGGCAGAGUCCCCACUAUCUCCAUCAACAAGACGGACGGUUGCCAUGUCUACUUGAGCAAGGACUCCCUGAGCUGUGAGAUCAUCAGCGCCAAGAGCUCAGAGAUGAACGUUCUGGUACCCAACAAAGACGGAGAAUUUACGGAGAUCCCCGUUCCUGAGCAGUUCAAGACCGUCUGGGACGGCAGCAAGCUCGUUACCACAGCAACAGAGAUCGCCGGGUAGACGGGCCAGGGGCUGCAUGUGAAAUAGCCGCCCCUCCUCCACACCAUCCCCACCCUGUUUUUGCGACCGCCUUCCUGACUGAUCCACCACCCCCACCAGCUAACUCUCACACUGUAGACUGAGAUUUGGACCUCAUGCGUCAAAUGUCCCUCGCCCUGAGCAGCCAAUCACAGCUUAAGCUGUCCCUUCCGUAAAGCCAAUGAGAGGACUGCUCGCUCUUACCUGGAGCAAAUCCUCCAGCCAAUCAGCAGGGAGCAGCUUGUCAUUUAAAUUGGUUUUCCCUGUGAGCCAGUGAGCGCUUUUCAAAAACAUUCAUUUUGUUUUGCCAAUAGCUGGGAUGCUCUGUAUGAUAUAUUUUCUUUUUAUCUGGAUGAUGCUAAGCUAAAUUUAACAUGUAAAAUAGCCAGCAUUGGAACAGGGAUAUUCCUUUCUCUGCUACAAAAUCACCGCAGCCAAUCAGGACGCUUCAGGCUGCUCUUCUUUUCUUUCUGCUCUUCCUGGUUGGGAGGGGCUGCUAGGUUUUUGUUCCAUUAUAUGCAAUUCAUUGGUGAAGCACUUGUCAAACCCUUUGCCACAGGGGAUGAUGGCAUCCAUAUCACCUCUGCUGAAGUUAAGUGUAACAAUAUUAACAUUCAUAGAGGAUAAUAAUAUGAAAAAAAGUCAACACUCUCAGAGCACUUAAAUAGGAAUAAAAACAGAGUUGUGUCACAAAAACCACUGUGUUGUAGCACAUCAUGAAGCUCUCCAUCCAGAUGAUGUUGAAACAGAUAAAAUAGCAGGAACACCAUCAAACCCACACACAGGACAUUCCCGAGUAAUAAGAAAAACAUUCCAUAUAAGGAGGCAUGUAAGAAAAAGUUUGCGACAAAGAGCCAAGAGAUGUUCGCACAAAGUGGAAGAGAACGGCAAGACUGAAGGACAUAAUCGUUGUUGAGAAAUGCUUCACCUCCACCUCAGUCUGUAGAUUGGAAAUAUCAGCUGUAACCAUCUGUAUAGAUGUGAAUAAAUACUGAAUUAGUCUUAAAAUAUUAGCCUGACCAUCGUCUCUCCACUCGCCAUGAGCCAUGUCUGCACUCUUCGGUCGUCUUCAGCUCUCGAAGCUGCGAGGUUCAUCUCUGAACUUUCUUUUAUAUCGUCUCUCUUUUUCUUUUACCUCUUUUUUUUUUUGUUGUUUGUUUUUUGUUAUUUUUGGGUCCAAAAUCAGAAUUCUGCUCAUUAGUACUGGAGACAUCAUUAAAAACGUUGCAAUAAA